CUAGUACAUUCCGCCAUAUUGCCAGGAUGGUCACACGGGAAGGGGAGUGAGAUACCUCUAUGAAAAGAUCAUUCCAAAUAAUCUGAAAUGCGGACUUUUAAUGUGUGCGAUGUGGAUUGAGAAAUCGCAGAUGUUAUGUGAUUUCGUGUGUAGAUCGUUCAGGUCUAUGAUCUGUCAAUGUAAAUACAAAAAAGGACAACUCCUUACGGAAAAGUGUUUUUGACAGAUUGUUAUCCAUACUAUCCACCUCAUCACAAGAUUUGUUUAUCAAAUCUCCAGCCAUCUCCGACUCCUUUUGUUUUUGUCAACUUAGGCAAUGUAUACCUGCCUUCUCUAAUACGAAAGCAUGGACACCUCACAGGCAGCAGGGAUGUCAGAAGAAGAUAGAAAAAAGAUUGAAGAGAUUGGCAAGAUGACUGCCCUUUCCCAGGAGGAGAUAUUCUGUAACACCAAGACCAUUAUUCAGGGCCUUGACACACUGAAGAAUGAGCACCAUCAGAUACUCAACGGGCUCCUGUCUUCCAUGAAGACUAUCAAACGGGAGAAUGGUGACACCAACCUUAUGGAAGAGAAGACAAACAGACUGAAAAAGUCACUUGAAACAAUAGAACUGGGGCUCAGUGAAGCUCAAGUAAUGAUGGCACUUUCAAAUCAUUUACAACAUGUGGAAGCAGAAAAACAAAAGCUUCGAGCACAAGUAAGAAGGUUGUGUCAGGAAAACGCUUGGCUAAGAGAUGAACUGGCAAACACACAACAAAAACUGCAAAUGAGUGAACAGAAAGUGGCAACUAUAGAAGAAGAGAAGAAACAUUUGGAAUUUAUGAAUGAAAUGAAAAAGUAUGAUUCCUCAGAUCCUCAGCAAACUAGUGUGUCUUUACCACGCUCAGCAGGAGGGGUAGUGCCAGUGCACCAAGCAACAGAAGAGAAAGAACAGGACCAGUCAACACAGUCACUAGAACUUGGAUUUCCUGAUGACGAUGACGACUCUCCUCAACCAGAAGUUCUUUCCCCCUCCCAACCCAGUGCAAUGGCUCAGGCGGCCAGUGGGGGCUACGAAAUCCCUGCUCGGUUACGCACCCUUCACAAUCUAGUCAUACAGUAUGCGUCCCAGGGCCGGUAUGAGGUGGCAGUGCCACUGUGUAAACAGGCCCUCGAGGACUUGGAAAAGACCAGUGGCCACGAUCAUCCAGAUGUAGCCACAAUGUUAAAUAUACUUGCACUUGUAUACAGAGAUCAAGGCAAAUACAAAGAAGCGGGUAAUCUAUUACAUGAUGCAUUAAAAAUCAGAGAAAAAACACUGGGCUCUGAUCACCCUGCAGUAGCGGCCACAUUGAACAACUUAGCUGUAUUAUAUGGAAAGCGAGGCAAAUACAAAGAAGCAGAGCCCCUCUGUAAGAGGGCACUUGAAAUUAGGGAAAAGGUACUUGGGAAAGACCAUCCAGAUGUAGCCAAGCAACUUAAUAACUUAGCUCUAUUGUGUCAAAAUCAAGGCAAAUAUGAAGAGGUGGAACAGUACUACCAAAGGGCCCUGGAUAUUUACGAAGGUAAACUGGGCCCCGACGACCCAAAUGUCGCUAAGACAAAGAAUAAUUUGGCGUCUGCAUACUUAAAACAAGGAAAAUACAAACAGGCCGAAGCUUUGUAUAAGGAGGUCCUCACCAGAGCACACGAAAAAGAGUUUGGUAAAGUUGAUGGGGAGAACAAACCUAUCUGGAUGCAGGCUGAGGAGAGAGAGGAAAAUAAGGUGAAAAAGGGUAAAUACAAAGAUGGUACCCCCAUGCCAGAAUAUGGAGGUUGGCACAAAGCUGCUAAAGUAGACAGCCCCACAGUGACGACGACCUUGAAGAACCUUGGUGCCCUCUAUAGAAGACAGGGAAAGUAUGAGGCCGCGGAGACACUAGAAGAGUGUGCCAUGAGGUCCAAGAGAAAUGCUCUGGAUGUAGUUAAACAGACCAAAAUAGCCGAAGUUCUAGGCAGUGACUAUAAGGAACACCCACCAAACAAUCAGGUCCAGGGGUAUAGACGUCGCUCUAACAGCAGGGACCGAAUUCCCCGUCGGGACCCCGUGGAUAGCAUUGAUAAUGGUGAUGGUGAAGAUGGGAAAUUAAAGCGCAGUGGCUCAUUUUCCAAACUGAGAGCUUCCAUAAGACGAAGCAGUGCCAAAUUGGUGCAGAAAUUGAAAGGAAAAGGUCCAGGGGAAGAAAAUUCUGGCAGUUGGUAUGACACACCCAUACCUCACUACUGGAAUUCGUCUAGGUCAAGUAUGAAAAGGGCAAGCUCCUUGUCGGUUCUCAACAGCUUAAAUAGUAGCAGAGAUGAUAAACUGAGUGAAAGUCGGCGUUCCUAUGGAGACUUAAGUACGCGUGGACGGACAGCCAGCUCAGACCAGCUGACAAGUCGACCCUAUUGAUGUUAAUCGUUAUUAAAUAACACUUAAAAACAAUGUACAGUGCAUCCUCCAUUUCAUCAUUGUCAGCAAAUUGUCAUCAAAUGUCAUUCUCAUCGCACACACUGGUCUCAAUAGUCAUCGUGGCUUCAAGGCUUGCUGGUUUUGUCGCCGUCGCAGUUGUCUUCUCUUGCCGUGGUGUUUUUGUACAGAUUUACUAUAUCUGAUGUAUACUGCUCCAUCUGUGCACAGGUUUUACAAUGUAUAACUUUCCUAUGUGGUAUUGAUCACAAUACAUAUAUAAAACAAUGUAUAACAAAAGUACUACAACUACAGUAAAAAGGAUGCAUUGUAAAACAAUGUUUUUAUUAUAAUCAAGUGUAUAUUAACCUUUAUGGAACUGAUCACAACAAAAUGGUUAUGUUGUAUUACAAUACUAUUGCGUCUCUUUACAAUAUAGCUGUGGAUUGCUACUACAGAAUACAAUGUAUUGCUGGACACAUUGUUGUCCCUGGUAUUAUAUAUCGGUUUUCUAAAUCCUUAUAAUCUGUGUAACUUCAUAUCGCAACUUGAUAGACAAGUAUCAUAUGUAACUCUAUAGCAGGGUAGGGGAUGUUUAAACUGACUAACCAAUAACAUGUCAAGUGUGAUACUGUCCACACUGUAGUAGUAAAAUACCUGUAUCUAGUAUACUUCAUACUGAUAAAUACAAAUAUAUAGUAGUUGUCUUUCACUAUUUAAAGAUUAAAGUCAUGUUUCUGAUGGGGCAGUAUCUACAUGAUUGUGUGGCGGUGAAGGUCCAAGUCAGAAUGUACUGUUUAUACUACACAAGUGCUAGACUGGUAUUAACACCUUGUAAGCUUCAAGGGACGAGAUAUUUCUUGAAAUGCUGUACAUGGCCUUUCAUAGAUGGUAAUGCAUUUUAAAAAAACCUUAACCAGAACAUUCCGAACUGUCAGUUUUAAACUUUGGAAUGCAUGUUCAAGGUUCAGCAUUAAUCAGAGUGAACCUGUUUCAGAAAUUCUUCUGUGGUUUUUAAAGACAAUGAUUUCCAAGUUCAUUUAUGCUUUGGUUCUGGUCAAUUAUUUCAAGCCAUCUUGUUGAACUUGAGUACGUAGGUACUUCAUUAUGGUGAAAAACUUUUUAUUUGAUUUUUCACCAAAUAGAACAGUGACCUUUUCUCAGUACUUACAUAAAGUUGUCCUGACUAAUCUUUGAAAUUGUUUCAGUAUUUACUUAUUGUUGAUUUUUUUUUUGUCAACUGGUUAAUUUCUUGAUAUUGGUGCUGCUUAUUAUGAAACAAAUAUUUGAAAAAUUUGCCAUGUAUAUUUUAAUUUACAUCGGGGUCUUUUGAGUUAGAAAUAGAUACUUCGAUAAUAAACCAUAUUGUAGUUUCGUUCUAAACUAAGACAAGUGGAAUCUACUUUCGGACAGGUAUGAGUAAAUUAAGAACAGGCUGGUAGUUACCACCUUGCCGUACAAUUUGAAGAAUAAAUAAGUUGACACAGAGUCCGGACACAGGUGAAAUGUGGAGAGGAGGUCACUGGGACACCAUUACGACAAUGAAUUGCUCACAAAAUAGGAAGACACUGCAGGAAAUUUUAAUUGUAUAAAGAACAGUAAUGAUUAUGUCUUUUAAUCCCUUCAGUGUUGGCAUGCUCUUACAGGCUACAUGUUUGUUCUGCUGUAGAUUUGUGAUGACUGUGAUGCUACAAUUCAUCUUUAGUGCAAUACGAGUGUGGCAUUAAGUAAGCCUGUUGCAGGGCUGUUUUAUCUGUAUAAAACUUGACAAGUUGGUCAUGGAGUAGCUAGGGCUUCUGUAGUGUAGACUUGUCAAACUCUUAUGGUUAAAGGGUGCUCCUUGAGCUGUCUGGUCGACCAAGCUCCAGUCGAGCUUUGAACUUUAUGUAUUUUACCGACAACCUGUACAGAAGUUAUGAGGAGGUGUUAAAUAGCGAUCCAGUACUGUAUUAUUAUCUUUUACUUAAAGUAUUCAGUCUUGCUUCCAUCACAAAUCAAGGCUAAUAAAUAUUGUCAUGCAGAAUUCUUCUAUUUAUUAUGAAUUGUUAAUCUCCAUAAUAUAUUAGUUAAAAGUUUUGUAUGGCUUUUUGAAAAAUGAUGUCAGGAAUUCUUCUUUUUUUUAAGUGUUUAAGGCUGCUUAGAUUAUUCAUCAGGAAUUGCUACCUCUUAUGUCUUAAUAGAGACUCCAAGCAGUCUCUAGGCUUCUAUCAUAUUCAUCACAUCAUCUAGAGCCAAAUUGGCCACUCCACUCUCCAUUCAUCUUGUUUAAAUAACAAUAGUACAAAAAACUGAGGAACAACAAACUUUGGGGAACUUGUAGAUUGUUUUCAUGGAAAAUUUAGGAAACAGUUAACAUGUUGUCAUGGAAACUUGCAGUGUUGCUAUUUAAAGAUGAAUAGAUUAUGGAGAGGAGUACACUUCAGCUUUAAGUAUAAAUAACUUAUAAAUGAAUGUGCCCAUGGCAUGAUUAUAUAAACACUUGCCUCUGUGGUUAACACAGGAGAUAUAUGUCCAUCCACUAAAGCUGUUGUAAAUGAUCUUUGUAUUAUGGCCCUGUCAUUAGAAUAUUGUUGGCAGAAUCUGUUUUAAGGAUCAACAAAGCAAAAUAUUGAUUGAAAGAUGAUAUAAAACUUGCAGGUUAUGAAUGAGUGUAUGCCUGGUUACAGAAUAUAUCGAUCUGUGGGGUCUCGUUGAAGGGAGAAGUUGUCCACCCUUGUUACCUAGCAACACAGUCAUGGAGUAGAUAAGUGUAGAAAUGAGACAUGCAUAUUGAGGGUCACAACACUUUCCUUCCAUAUUUCAUUAUGACACAUUCAGUAGUUCACGCUCAGGCUUAAGAUUAGCUGUAUAAUUAUAAGUGUGUGUGUGUCUGUGGGUGUGAGAUCACAAGAGCAUGUGAACGGGAGGAUAUCUAUACAAUUUAAUGCAAAUACAAACUUAUGUAUGUUUUGUUAUGAAAUGAAAGUUGUAAAAUAUUUAAGUGCUGGUGAUUUUUGUUAUGUCAUUGUGAUAAUUAUAGUAUUCCUUCCCAAGGAAUUUUGACAGAACAAAUAAUAGAAACCAUUUAGAAUUCCUUGACGAAGAGAAACAAAAUAUUGAUCAUUGCUUUGGUGUCAAAUCUUGUUACUUUGUGCAGUAUAUUAUUAAAACAGUCUAAUUUAAAUGAUGUGCUUUGGAAAUCUAAAGCAGUUGUAAGAGCUUCAUAAUAAAAACUAGUGUGUAUUUCACCUCGCGUUUUAUUCAUUAUUUUGUUGUGGGAUUUUCUUUAAUCCUGAAUUAUGUUGUUCGGAUUUGAUCUCAGCUUUAAAUUAUGCCUUGGUUUAUCACUAGUUUGUUACACCUCCUAGCUGGAGCUUGUAAACAUCAAAACAAGUUACAGUUCAACCGAAAAAAAAAUAUGACUGGAAAAAUUUAAGUUCAGAUUUCAGGUUUUAAAAGGUCCUGCAUAUUUGCAGAGUUAACAGGUAUCGGAUAUCUACGACAUCCAAACUCAGUAGUCUCUAAAUGUUUGACAUGAAAUUUAGUAAAUAUGACUACUACACAGUAUGGUUAUGUGUAUAUAGUUGUACACUGCAUCUAAUGCAAUAUAUGUCAGUAGUCUGUAUCACAGGAGGUGGUGAGUAAUGUAUGCAAUAUCACAUAUCUUCAUGUAUAAAUAUAUAUAUUACUUGUAAGACAAACACGCACCUGUAGGUUUUAAUCACAUCAAUACAAAAUAAUACUUCCCAAUAUAUCGGGUUUAGAAAAACAUCAUGCAUUUAGAUUGUUACAACUGAAGCCAUUUUAAAAGGUAUGCAUAUAUCUUGUUGUAAAAAAAUAAAUAUUAAAAAGAGGCAAAAUAAAAAUGGCAUACAUUCACUGUCAUUUUUGUGUGUUCUUCAGCCUGAACUUGAACCAUACGCUAUACACUGCAUGUUCACUUAUCUAGUUGAGCUUCCCAUAGGACUUCUGUUUUUAUUUUUUAUGAUAACCGAUUUGAUUGGUUGUACGCUUGUAAAUACUACCACUAUUUUAAUGGGUUGCUAUUUUUGUUGAUGGUAUGAUUGAGUUGUUUGUAAGUUUCAGUUGCUGGCUUUCUACCUCCGUGUAUUAAUGAAUGGAAUAUAAGCAAAUAAUUCUUUUCUAGCCAGUCUUUUUGUCACCAACUGCCAAUCAUAGCUGUGUGUAUGGUUGAAUGGAAAACACACAAUUCCAUUGAUUAAUUUAUUAAACUACAUUUGGUCAUA